AUGCGCAUCGCUUCGCGUCCCAGUUACCAGGCCAUACAUGCUCAGAGAGGCGCACCCUCAGGAGCACAAGUCGCUAAGGAAGCUUGCCUUUGUGUCCUUUGUAUCUAUGACUUUGUGUCGGAUGUGUGGGCGGCGCGAGCUAAUGCCCAUUCAGACAAGGAACCCCUUCACAUUCUCGGCUACUUGGGCGCUGCCCUGUUGAUGGUUUCUUGCGUGGUAAACAUGAUCAUUCUCAAAUGCGUCACACGAGUUCGUCGCCAAAAACUUUUCAGAGGAAUCAACGAAGUGGCGCCUUCGCAGUUUUACAUAUUCAGCUGUCUUGCCUGCAGCAACCCAGAGGUGAUGUGCAGCUUCCUCAUGAUGAGAGCAGAUGCCAAUCGGCCGAGACAGCUCCAGGAAAUCCAAAUCGCUAUCCGCGAGAUCAAAGAGUACGGCUUGGUGUCUCAGACGUUCGAGGACAUUCCACAAUUGGUGGUGCAAGCCUACUCGGUGGUCCUCUGCGUUUCCCACGGAUGGAAGGUGCCUGUGCCAGUGGUGGCAUCUAUCUGCGGGUCGUUGGCGAUGGUGCUUGUCAAGCUGUUGGGGAACUGCUUCGUGGUGGCCGUUAGUGCCACAGCGAGCAACGCAAGCCUGUCUCAGUUGGCAGCGGAUCAAAAUCGCCAGAUCGUCCCACCGAAUUCUCUCACAGUCAUGCGCGUGUCGAUCCAGGCGGGGCUGCUGGCGGGGAACAUCAUGUUUCUCUAUGAGUCUGGCCCGAUCCCCUUGCCGAUGCAAGUUCCUGGGCAGCUCAUCGGAGUCGUAGCCAUCACCUCGUCCUACAUGGUGUCAUUUCUCUUCAUGAUCUUGUUGGUGCGGAGGCUGCGCGACAAGCUUUGGCAUGCAUUGCUGCAUCUAGAGCUGGCAGUGGUGUUGCUGUUCUUUGGAAGCCUGCACCCUGCUGCCCUCAGUCUCAUGGAUGACAAGCUUCCACUGCACGCUGGGUGUUGGUGGGUGCUGUUGCUUAUUGGGCCAGCUGUGCGGGGUGUGACCAUGAUAGCUCUCCUUUCCUGGGCAGUUUGGAUGUCAAUCUUCCCAGUGCCUGAGAACAUGUGCAUCAUCUUGUUGGUUCUCAAUGGGCUUGGACUUGCAGACAUUGUGGCUUCCGUCGACGAGAUCAUGAGCGAUCAGAGCAACAGUCCAUCUCCUGUAGUCUUCACCGUAGCGCAGGUCGAAGCGGAAGAUGAACGAUUGAACAGGGAGGCCGCUGAGGAAGAGGAGAUGAUCAAGCAGCUUGAAGAGCAUCUCAAUCAGUUUGGCUUUGAAGCCUACACUGACAUGCUGGUAAGUGAAGGUUUCCACUCGAGGGAGCACCUGACGGAGCUGACUGCGGCUGAAUUAGUGCAGAUGGGCUUAAGCCAGCAGGAGGCCACGAGCUUUGAGACGAGAAUGCGAAGGGUCAACGCUGGAGAUGGAGCUCAAGACUUUCUGGUUCAACUCCGCAAUCUUGGUGUUUCUACUGCCAUUCUCCAAGGCAGGUCUGAGUACGAGGUGCUCUAUGGACGUGAUGUGGGCCAGGAACUUCCACUGCGUGAGAGGAGACUAUUGAUGCAGUGGCGGCAAGAACAUCUUGAAGGUCAAAUCUUGACGGAAGAUGUAGUGAUGUUGGGCAUGUCUGUGCGACGGGGCCCAUCCUGGCGCUAUGAUGUUGAAGGCGCCACCCCGGAGGAUGGAGAAGGAGAAGGUCGUGUUGUGGCAUGGCGCACUUCAGCUGAUCAAGUCAGGGGAGAACCAGCUCCAUCGUUGUGUGGCUGGGUGAGAGUUGAAUGGCUCGUGACAGGAUACCAGAAAUGCUAUCGCCUGGGUGUGGGCACUGAUGUGACCUUCGCAAGGGACUGUGAUCUCGUGGUUGCUACGGAGGAUAAAAUCGACUUGGCCGAAGUGCAGAAAGGAGAGCUGCAGCUCAAGCACAUGAGGUGCACCUUCGGGUACAGAAGUGGCGUGCGAUUCCCUCAUUACGCCAAGUUUGACAUUCGCAAAGAAGCCAUGGAGAAGGUCGCCGCUUUCCAACAUGGUGAUACUGUUGAGCACCAAACUGAGGCAGGGGCUGUGAGAAGUGUUUGCAUCGGUGUAAAAUAUGACCCAGAUGAUCGGCAAGUGAAGAUGUGGUUUCAUAGCGACGGAAAGGACGGUGCCGGUCUUUACCACGGUAUCGAUUUGGAGAGGGACUUGACAAUCGUUGCUCGGAAUAGGGUGGGAGAAGCUAGACGCGAUGAGUUAGAGGCAGCAUCCGAUGGAGAGAUUGAGCAUGAUGACCGCGAGUGGGUCAGGCAGAAUCUCCAACCAUCUUUGACGUACAAGAGCUUGGCUGGUCAAACCCUCCGUGUUGACACCAGCGCAGCCAAGAUAGCUAAGUUCAAGGUGAAGUUCAAGUCAGGGGAUGUGAUUCAAGAUGCUGUAGAUCAUGAGAGGAUGACCUGCAUUGGCGUUGCCGUGAACCCUUCUCGUGCCUGUGCAGAGCUGUGGUUCCAUGUUCAAGGUGCUCCCGGUGCAGGGGUGAGCCGUGGCUUACACAAGAGUUUGAGCCGCUACACGGUCAUAAGCAAUCAUCCUGUUCAACAGGGUGAAAUUGAAGAGACACCUGCUGAGAAAAUGGCUGCCGUCCUUGAGGCCUUGAAUGGCAACCUGGAGUGCACCUUCCAUUUCCCAACAGGCUCGAUAGGCCACGAUGCAAAGUAUGAUGUCCGACAAGAUGUUGUGAAGAAGGUCACGGGAUGGGUCCCAGGAACUGUGUUAUCUGUCGAUGGUCAUGCCGAUAUGAAGUUGACACUUGUUGGAAUUCGCCCUGAUGACAAGGGAGCCCCAGCAGUGUGGUGGCACAUUGAAGAUGCAGGAGUAUGUCAUGCAGGAGCUCGAAUAGUUCCAAAUCUGGAGGGAGUGGACCUCAAGGACACAGGCAAGCGGAGGGACUUGGAGGAACUCAAGGGGGAGAUUCGCUCGAGAGUGGGGCAGUCGGCUGGACUGCCUCUUAAUGAGAUGCUGGCGGCGGCGCUGCUGUCUCAAAGGAGGGGAUGA